UGGCUGGGUACCUUUGAUGGGCGGUAUCUCUGACUUCGUGUGAAGUGAAAUGAGGAAAGGAACUAUUACUUAUCUCAAGAACAUCACAGCUUUUACAUCACAGUGCAAGUCAACGCAAAACGUGGCAGUUGACGUUUGCGAAAAUUGAAAAUGGCAAACUUCACAUCCACUUAUGACAGAGUGAGUGAUGAUGUUGCAUACCUUUGUGAUACUAAUGUUCCCACCAUAACUGGUCCCUUCUUCAUCUUGAUCUUCAUCCUCAGUAUCAUAUGCAACGGUCUCCUCUUAUGUGUUCUUUUCAUCUACGAGAACCUGAAAAAUAUCACGAAUAUUUUCAUCCUGAACCUGGUCUGCUCUGAUUUGAUCUUCACCACCACACUUCGAUUCUGGGCCGUUGAUUAUCUAGACCACUGGGUCUUUGAGGACUUUGUCUGCAAAUUCGUGACUGCUGCAUUCUUUGUUGGUUUGUACAGCAGUGUCAUUCUGCUGACUGCCAUGACAGUGGAUCGUUUUAUUGCUGUGGUGCUGGACAAAUUAAAGAUCAACCAUGCUAAAAAGAAAAAGUAUGCAAUUUGUUCCUGUAUAGCUGCCUGGGUCAUCAGCAUCUCAGCAUCCCUGAGUGAUGCAAUGAAAGUAAAGACUGAAAGCUGGGAUGGUUUUAACUAUUGCUAUGAUGAAUCUGAAGACAAGCUUGGACGUUAUCUCCAAGUGUCACUGCUAUUCUUCCUCCCAUUUGCCAUCAUUAUUUUCUGCUAUUCUGCCAUCCUCAAGACAGUUUUGCAAGGUUUAAACAGAAAGAAGUUCAGGACUGUAGCUGUGCUGUUGUGUAUUGUUGCAGUCUUUUUCAUUUGCUGGGGGCCAUACCAUAUUAUGCUUUUAAUCAAGUCUCUCAAUACAAACAAAGAUUGUAAUGUACUGAAACAGUUAGCAGUUGCCUACCAUAUUAGUGAAAUGCUUGCCUAUUCUCACUGCUGUAUGAACCCUCUGCUGUAUAUGCUCUCACAGAAGUUGCGAAAGCAUCUGUUGAAUCUCUUGUGCUGUGAAAAUGUGGGCAGGAAGAAGAGAGAGAGAAGCACCAGCCUGAACACUUCUGUUACUCAGAAUGUAGCUUUCAGUGUACAGAGCUCUGCUGUUUAAAUUAUUUACAUUUAAUACAUAUUUAAUCUGUAAAUACUUUUAUAACAAAAAACUGUGUUUAUUUAAUGUUAAAUCUUAUUACAUCUUCCAUUGACAUUCUAACUUCUUUGAAUUUAAUGUAACAAGUUAAAGAUGUAUAUGUAUAUAUAAAUAUUCAUUUCCCUGCUACUUGUGGUAUAUAUAAAGGUAUGCUAUAUUUGAAAAUAUUUCAUUGAUAGUCAUUUUCUGCCAUUUCAGCCACCUUUACUUUCUGUUUGAGAGUCACAGCUUUGACUUUGUCAACAAGCAUUGUCUAUUGGGUUAAGAUCAGGUGACCAUUCAGGUGACUUGACUAUUGGAAGAUAAAUUAAAGGUACUCUUUCAUUUGCUUGCAGUAUGCUUUGGGUCAUUAUCUAUUUGAACUUGUGUGAUC